AUGCGCUUCAUCGGGUCAACAGCAUUGUCUAUGGUCCGUCUUGCAAUUGUCGGUCAUGACAACUUCACCAUCAUUGGAGCAGACGGGCAAUACACGCAACCUCACGAGGAGAGCUACAUGCAGGUUGCCACUGGCCAGCGCUUCGACGUCAUCUUCCGUACGAAGUCUGCACAGGAACUAGGCAGCCAGACCGACUUUAUAAUUCAAUUUGUAUCAGCUGAUCGACCAUCCAUAUACACUGGCUACGGCGUGCUGCGUUAUGGCGCCGGCAAUCCUGUCAUCACUACUGCACCCGCCACACCCCCUCUCAACCUCACUAAGCCCAGCUACUCUUGGCUUGAGUACUCGCUGCAACCGCUCUGGCCCAACAACUUUCCGACAGCGAGUGAGGUCACUCGCCAGGUGAUCAUCUACGAUCGACAGGUACUUACCCACACCGAUAUCUGGCGGCUGAAUGGCGAUCAGUGGAAUGAUACCUCGCCACCUUACCCAGGCGACACGCCUUAUCUCGUCAAUAUUUACGAGAAUGGACAGUCGGCGAUACCCAACUAUGAUGCCGCUCUGAACAACUCUGGUUGGGAUCCGUAUUCCCUGACCUGGCCAGCAAAGAUCGGUGAAGUGCUUGAGAUCAUAUGGUAUAAUACUGGAAGUCUCGUACAAAACAAUGGCGGCGUCGAUUACCACCCCUUCCAUGCCCACGGAGCUCACUACUAUGACAUCGGAAGCGGUAACGGCACUUAUGAUGCAGUUGCAAACGAAAAGAAGCUAGCAAACUACAAUCCGGUCUUGCGAGAUACCACAAACCUCUAUCGCUACGAGACUGCCACCACAGCAGGAGCGACAGCAGGCUGGCGAGGUUGGCGACUUCGUGUCAACGACCCGGGUGUUUGGAUGAUUCACUGCCACAUACUCCAACACAUGAUCAUGGGCAUGCAGACGGUGUGGGUCAUGGGUGACUAUGAUCAGAUUGCUGGGAUUCCGCAUUUCGAUGCCGCGGGAUAUCUGCAGUAUGGUGGUGAUGCUUAUGGGAAUGAGACAUUCGCGCCUAGUUAUGUGCAUCAGUAUGAUUGA